AACCCAAAACAAACAAUACGAGAAGGAAAACACAACGUGGGAGAGAGCAUCUGAAGCUGAGAUUUUUUUUUUUUAAAAAAUACACACAUUGGCUUGUUCUAAAGAUUGUUACUUUGUUGUUUCCCACGGGCUUAACUCAAAAGCUAAGACGAACCCAAAAAAAAAAUCAAUACUUGCAUUGUCUUCCUCUUCAAUUUGGAAUUAUAACCGACGAUUCUGGUUGGAGGCUUUGUUUGAGGGCAGUGGGAGUAAAUUCGGAAGAAGCAGCGAACAAAGCCUUCAGAUGGGAGAUUUAACAUUUCUUGAUAGAAUGCUUCUUCAGCUUCGUUCCACUUGCAAGUAUUACAGUGGUUACCCUAAGGAUCUCGGGCCAUCUCGUGUUCUCCAUUUUACAUCAGAAAGAGAGUUUGUGCAACUCCUUCAUCAGGGCUAUCCCGUGGUUGUCGCAUUCACCAUUAGGAGUAACUACACACAACAUCUUGACCGGAUGCUUGAGGAAGCUGCUGCUGAGUUCUAUCCCAACAUAAAAUUUAUGCGGGUUGAGUGCCCCAAGUAUCCUGGAUUCUGUAUAACUCGUCAGAAAAGCGAAUAUCCUUUCAUUGAAAUAUUCCAUAGCCCACAACAAGCGGGUAAUGAAGGAAAGGUACAGGAUCCAAAUAUCACUCGGUAUUCAGUGAAAGUUGUACCUUACAAUUAUGAUAUGAGUCCUUAUGGAUUCAGAGAAUUUUUCAAGCGCCAGGGAGUUCGUACUUCGGAUCCCAAAUGAAGCAAAUCAAAGGCCGGUAUGAUUCGAAAGGAAUUUAUGAGUGUAUCAGUGGCUUCUUUGAGCUACCAAUGACUGUUUCUAGAACUAGUGUAUUACUAUAUUUCCCUUUUGCCUUAGAAAGAACGAAAUCAAAAAACUCUUAUGAUGUCGGAGAAUGUUCCAAGUUCUUCAAUUUGCAUGAAUCAAUAAUCAAUUAAUCACUAA